AUGAGUGACAUGAUGAUAGUUGUAGACGAUGUGGAGGAUGAGGAAAGAAAUGAGAAUUUAGUAAGAGAUUACCUGUUAUAUCAGCUCCAAUUGAAUUUGCUUCAUGCUCAAUGGGAUGACAAAUCGCAUGAUGAAGCUGUUGAAGAAUUAAUGGAAGCUAAAAGAACAAUGCAGGAAAUGGAAGAUGAUGUUGUGAAGAAGUUCGUUGCUUUAAAUAAACAAUAUGAACACAUCAAUGGCAAGUUUAUUGGAAUAAUAGACUCGGAUGAAGCGCGCGAACUGCAUGAUUAUCAAAAAAUGCUGGAAGAAAUUGAACUUUUAUCAAUUAAGCGAAAGACUACUUUGGAUAAAUUCAAUGGUGACGCGGAAGCAUACUUGGCAAAUCGUCAGGCUCUAACGGAGCAGAUGGCACAGCUUAAAGAAGAAAUCGAAAAUCAGCAAGAAAUGAUUGCAGCGCUGAAUGCCCAUAUAUCGAAAAUUGAUUCUAAGUUGUUAUCUCCUUAA